ACAAUAGUGGUGAAAGUUUACAAGAAAAUUUUUCUGAUAGCGAAAGUUUGUUCUCUGGUAAAAGUCAACAUAUCAAUAAUCUCGAAUAUAAUUCUUCUAUGGCUUCAGAUACAUCUAGUAGCAGUGAUCAGUUGUCAGUUACAGAAGAAAUUGAAUUACAAAUGGAAGAAGAAAAAAACUUCAACUAA